CCCUGAAUGCUUGCAGAUAAUAUAAAAGAUUUGUUGAGAUUUCUAAGACGAGACGACCCACAGACGCGAGAAGUAUUCAAAGAUGUCUGCAAAUUGAACACUGUGGGCAAUAAUUUGAUACCCAUUAUGGAAUAUUGCCAGGAUGAUCGUAACCUGGUAUUAAAUGCAGUCAAGGUUUUGGUGUUUCUGACAAUGCCUGUUGAGUCAUCAUCAACUGAUAUAACCCAACAAGUAGAGUAUCUUUGGAAGCUGAAGUAUACAAUUACUUGCAGCAAUAUUAUCCCUGUGAUCGUCUCACUUUUGGAGAGCCCGCUUGAGAAUUUGGAAAGUGAAGCAUUCACAGAGGAUGAUUGGAAAUUAGUUCAACUGGUGCUCACAUUCUUCCGUAAUACUCUGGCCAUCCAGGAAAUUUCUCCUCAACAAAAUGCUGGCGUGUCUUCCACACAUAUUUUGCCAAUCAGAAACAGGUUUCUUCAACAAUUGUUCAAUGAGAAUGUGAUGGACUUGAUCUUAGUUCUAACUCAGCAAGUUGGAGGUCCUAAUGCCCAUCUCCGUCAUGAUAGUCUUCUUCUAUUGGAAACCUUUUAUUACUUAUUCAUGGGUUACGAGCCAGAGUUAGUUGCCAAAGCACAUUCAGAGGUCUCCAAGUUGGAUUCUGAUGCCAAAGAUCCUAUUAGUAGCCUGAAGUCUAUUAUGGAAGAGGAGAAAGAGAAGAAGAAGCUCAUUAGGCUCCACAACAAUGCGGGGUUUUCACAAUUUAGUGGAAUAUUUACUCGUCUUGCAGUGGAUGGUUCUAAAACAUUACAUAAAGGAAAUCCUCUUUCAGCUUCUCGGAAUGCCUUGAUGAAAACACAAAAAACACAUCGAGGUCCACUAAAAAGAAUAGCGUGGGACCAUGGAAGGUUGCCUUCAAUGGAAGAUGAUAUACUGAAAUUACUACAUGACUUCAUAAACCAGUUUUUGUCUGGAAGUUAUAAUGUUUUGAUGCAGUCUAUUCGAGAAGAUAUUGUGAAGGAACAUCAUACACUUCAGAACAGUGAUAUUAUCAUGUUCUUUGAGGUUGCUAAUUUCAUAACAUCUUUUCACUAUCACAAUUUAUUGAGUCUGAAGGCUGUUGAGAAGGUCCCUUCAGGUGAUAUAUGUGGGCCUAUUGCUGAAUCAAUGAACGAGUCAAUGUUUACUCUCGUGUUUUCAAAGUGGCGUGACACAUAUGAUGGCUUGAAACAGACACAAAACUACAAAUUUUUGUCUGCAACAGGAUCUCUUAUGAAAAGCAUGAUUCGCGUGUUGGAUUUGGUGCUUAAGUUAUCUUCUGAAGAUUCCAGGGAGCCGCAGACAGUUCGCAUACUUCUUUACAAACUAUUUUAUGAUCAAACUGAUCAAGGCAUGACUCAGUUCCUCUUGAACCAGAUCACAGGUUUUGAUAUUCACAAACAAGCUAAAAGUUAUCUUAUUGAUCUGGUAGAGAGUAUUCAUGUUGUCAUACGGCUAAUGGAAAACCUUCAAGAACGUGGAUCAUUAAGGGUUUGCCGGAAGUCAAGGAAGAAGAGAAUAAAGAAGGUACAUAAAGACAAGAACACAGACCCAACAGCUGGAGAUGACAUUCAACUUCAGAAUGAGGGUGAUAACAUUAACCAUGAAGUUAAUGAAGCUUCUAGUAUUGGCAUAACAGAAGAUUUUGCAAAUAUAAAUCCCAAAGGAAAUGAAAAAGUGCCUGAAUUGGAUCUGCCUGAGUUGGAUCUGCCAAGUGUAGAGGAGGAACAUCCAGCAAAGGAGAAUACAAGGUCUGAUAAAAAUAUUGAUGACCUUAACGAUGGAUCAGGUGAUUCCUCUAAUGAUGAGCAGAUAGCUGAAACCAAUGAAGUUGACUUUAAUGUAUCGACCAUGGUUUCUGCACUAGCAAACAAUUCAAUUAUCCAGAACUUAUGUUGGCUGCUAAAGUUCUACAAAAGCAAUUCCGUCCGCACAAAUCAUUACAUUUUAAUCAUUCUGCGAAGAAUCUGCGAGGAUCUUGAACUUUCUCCAAUGCUAUAUCAGUUAUCCCUACUUGGCAUCUUUCAUGAGAUACUCUCGGAGCAAAAGUCUCGGCCAUGCAAGGAACACGAAGAUCUUGUUGUUUUUCUGACAACCUUGGUUAGACGGAUGAUGAGGAAAAUGAAGAGUCAGCCUCUUCUUUUUGUAGAGAUACUUUUCUGGAAGGCAAGAAGAGAAUGUCAUUACAUCAAUUGUGAAUCAUUGUUGCAUGAAGUUGGCGAUCUAAGGGCACAAGCCAAAAAAAUGGGAAGUGCUCAUGUAGAUGGAGAAAAUUAUCCAACUCAGGGUAGAGGUGGAGUCCACAUAAACAUAGCCGAUGCACUUGGUGAUGAUGAUGAGGAUUUUAUCAUCUCCCACAAUGAUGGAACCAAGAGCAAAGACGGAGAUGGUGCCAAAUCAAUAUCUGAUGAUGAUGAUGAGGAGAGCCAAGGAGAGGAAAAGAAAACUUCUUCUGAUAGAGUGAGAGGUGACUCCAAACAGGAGCAUGAAAAGGUAGUAGCUAGUAAAAGGCGCAAAAAUAUGGUUCUGGAUGCAGAUAUGGAGGGAAAACUUGUAGCACUGUAUGAAAAAUUUAAAGAUGAGAGGAGGUGCUCUUACAUGAUUGCAAAAGAACUUGAUAGUGAUGGGAAAUACACAGCUGUUCAAGUUUCCCGCAAACUGAAACAGCUAGGACUCACUGUUGUUAAUAAUCGUCGGUUAAAAAAAACAACAGAAGUGGAUGAGGAUCUUCAAGGCAGUAUUCAAUCUGACAACUCUGAUAAUGAAACAUUAUCAUCAUGCAGGAAAAGGCAAAAGAAAAGUGGAGCAUCAAGUACAAAAGAAAAGAAGAAAGAGUUGAGAGCAGGUUCUUCUGUUGAAAAGGAUCCAAUAAAUACUACCAAAAGGGACUUGGAGGAAGUUAAUGCAACUAUUGAAACAUACAGCAGCAGGAUGGAGAUGAUGGAUGUUGAAGAUGAGCAAUUUCAUGAAGAGAGCUUAUUAUCUGAUGAUAUUGGGAAUGAUAAUAAUCUUCCUCAUCCUAAUUCAUCUCCCAGCCCCAUCAUGCUUACUGAUGCUAAUAACACAGCAUCUCGUAGAAGGAAAUUGAGGAUGAUCAUCGACGAUGGAGAUGAUGAUGAUGAGUAGUAACAAAUGUUCUCUCUACAUGUAACAUAUAACCUCAAAACAUCCAAAAUGUGUUCAAAUGUUUUUGUUUUUUUAAAGGAGAUCAAUUUUUUAUAGUAUUGAAAAGUUAUGAACA